AUGACUACUAAGGGAAGUGAUUUGGCCUCAGAUGCAUAUCUGGACGACUCGACCUCGUUUGAAGCCCUUCAGCUCGAUCCAAGACUGUUGCAGGCAAUUCACCGUAAUGGCUAUCAUCAUCCUACCCUCAUUCAGUCGCAUGCAAUUCCACUAGCAUUACAGCAGAAAAGAGAUAUUAUCGCUAAAGCUGCCACUGGGUCUGGUAAGACACUUGCAUACCUGAUUCCAGUUAUUCAAACGAUUCUAGAUUGCAAAAAAGAUGAAUCAAGUGAGCUGGGCUCCAACAAAACUCUGGGAAUUGUACUUGUCCCCACUAAAGAAUUGGCUAGUCAAGUAUCUACUGUCCUUGAGCAACUGACACUAUAUUGUUCGAAGGAUGUCAAGAACCUGAAUGCUUCAUCAGAUAUGUCCCAUGCAGUUCUUUCUUCACUACUGUUAGAGUCUCCUGAGAUUAUCAUUGCAACCCCUGCCAAACUUUUGAGCCUAUUAGAGACCAACAUCAAUGCCAUCUCUUUGGAAAACCUGAAAUUUUUGGUCAUAGAUGAGGUUGAUUUGGUACUGUCAUUCGGUUACCAAGAUGACUUGACAAAAAUUUCCGAAUUUCUUCCAUUACAAAAGAGUUUGCAAACAUUCCUAAUGAGUGCAACUCUAAACGACGAUAUUCAAGAUUUGAAGAAACGCUUUUGCCGUUCACCUGCAAUUCUUAAAUUCAAUGACGAUCAGAUUACCAAAGAUGAUAGUAAGCUUCUACAGUACUAUGUGAAGACGACUGAGUUUGAUAAAUUUUUACUUUGUUACGUUAUUUUCAAGUUGGGAUUGAUUAAGGGUAAGAGUCUGAUAUUUGUGAAUAAUAUUGAUAGAGGUUACAGAUUGAAACUUGUUUUGGAGCAAUUUGGUAUAAAAUCCUGUAUAUUGAACAGUGAACUACCUGCAAAUUCCAGGCAGCAUAUCGUUGACCAAUUCAAUAAGAACGUUUACCAAUUGCUGAUAGCCACUGACGAUACAGAGUACAUUCGAGAAGAAGACGAAGAGGAGAAGGAAAGCGAAGUUUCUGAAGAUUCCAAAGAGGUCGAUGGUAAGAACAACAAUAAGAAAAUAAAAAGACUUCAAGUAAAGAAGGAUAAGGAGUAUGGUGUAUCUCGUGGUGUUGAUUUCAAGAAUGUUGCAUGCGUGCUAAACUUCGAUUUACCCACUACCGCCAAAUCAUACGUGCACCGAGUCGGUAGAACUGCUCGUGCGGGCAAAUCUGGUACAGCCAUUUCUUUCGUGGUUCCUCUCAAAGAAUUUGGUAAGCAUAAACCUUCCAUGUGUCCCACCGCAAAGAGAGACGAAAAGAUCUUGACUCGUAUUAUCAAGCAACAGAGCAAAUUGGGAUUGGAACUUCAACCUUACUCUUUUGACAAUAAACAAGUCGAGGGUUUCCGUUAUAGAUUGGAGGAUGGGUUCCGUGCUGUGACACAAGUAGCUGUUAGAGAAGCAAGAAUCAAGGAGUUGAAACAAGAAUUGCUGGCAAGUGACAAAUUGAAAAGACAUUUCGAAGAAAAUCCUCAAGAAUUGCAAAGUUUAAGACACGAUAAAGAAUUACAUCCCGCUAGAGUUCAACAGCAUUUGAAGAGAGUUCCAGAGUAUUUACUUCCAGACUCCGUGAAGCAAGGCAAAUCUAAGAAGAUUGGUUUUGUUCCCUUCCACAAGCCCAAGAAGGCUCAUAAGAAGGGCAAAGUACAGAAACGGAAUGGAAAGUCGGACCCAUUAAAAAAUUUCAAAUAG